AUGGCUGAGCAAACCCGAAAGGAGCCGGAAGCAGCCGCAAGUGCAGGGCAGGACGAUACCCUGUUCCAUUUGAAAUUCACAGCGAAGCAGCUAGAAAAACUGGUCAAGGACAGAGAAGGACAGCAGGCCAAAGUGAAGAUGGGCCUUCAGGAGAAAAAUGUAGAGUGGGCUUGCGGCUGUGCCGAAAACGCCAUCCGCAAGAAGAACGGAGGUGUAAACAGGCUCCAGAUGGCGUCCCGUGUGGAUGCAGUAGCCUCCAAGGUGCAGACGGCUGUGACCAUGAAGGGGGUGACCAAGAAUAAGGCCCAGGUGACCAAAGCUCUCUACAAGGCGCUCAGUGCCACGGAUCUCCUGAAGGUGUCUGCAGACGACAGGUCUGAGCAGCAGGUGCAGAGCCUGGAUGAGCACACAUCGAUAAUGGAGGGGUCCAGGGGCUCUGCCACCACGCGGACCACACCGCAGGAGCAGGUCGACAGCCUCAUCGUGCAGAUUGCUGAGGAAAAUGGCCUGGAGGUCUUAGACCAGCUCAGCCAGCUUCCAGAGGGUGUCUCUGCUGUGGGCGAAAACUCUGUGCACAACCAGGAGAUCGACAGCCCUGAGGAAUUAGCAUGUCUUCGGCAGGUGUUGCCUGAUGGAGGAGGUUUCAGACACUCAGUUCAUUAUGAUCAUGAAGGGGAGCAUGGCAGCGUGCAUGCCAGGCAGGCGUGGGGCUCGAGCCGAAAGUUCUACAUCUUGCAGCACCUCAGUGAGAAUGCUUCCGUUGUGUCCUUCAUUUCACAGAAGAGGAUCUUGACAGAGACGUUAAGUGAUUGUCACACCUAUGAGUAUACUUGGGGAGGGAAGCCGGGUCUAGGUGCCUCAACAUCUCCACAGCAUCUGGCGAGUCUGCUCGGGAGGGACAUGUUGCUUGAACUGAAGGGACAGCAGCUCAUCGAUGCUCAGCAGCUGGAAGACGAGACAGGCUGA